AUGGCACCCGGAGAAGGCCCAGUUUGUGCGUUCUUAUCGGCCGUUGGGAGGGACCCCAACCAGCCCGUGCCGCAGGACACCAAGUUCAUCCACACCAAGCCGAACCGCUUCGAGGAGGUGGUGUGGACCAAAUUCAACACCAAGGACAAGCAGUACCUGCACAUCGGUUUGAAACCCCGCGUCCGGGACAACUAUCGCGCCAACAAGGUGGCCUUCUGGCUGGAGCUGGUGCCUCACCUCCACAACCUCCACGAGCCCCCCUACACCUCCACCACCACCCGGGUGCCCCCUUACGUCACCCGCUGGCCCAGCACCCGGGUGGGCCCAAGCACAACGCGCCAGCCCAUCGCCACGCUCCCUCCGGACGAAGACGACGUGGCCCGCCCGCCGCGGUACGUGCCCUUCCCGGGAGACACGCGGGACUACUCCACCGAACUGAGCGUGACGGUGGCGGUGGGCGCCUCCCUGCUCUUCCUCAACAUCCUGGCCUUCGCCGCCCUCUACUAUAAGCGGGACAAGCGCCACGAGCUGCGGAGCGGACGGCGGCUGAGUCCCCAGCGCAGCGCCGCCAACGACCUGGUACAUGGCGGCCAGGAGGAAGAGAUCAUGUCUCUGCAGAUCAAACAUUUGGAGCAUGACGCGCACGAUCUGGAGCCCUUGCGACCGCAUGAAAUCCUACGCCCCGCCUGCCCUCCCGACUACACCCUGGCCCUUCGCCGGGCGCCCGACGAUGUGCCCCUGAUGACCCCAAACACCAUAACCAUGAUUCCCAGCACCAUCACGGGUAUGCAAGCCUUACACCCCUUCAACACCUUCCCCACCGGACACAACAACACCCUCCCUCACCCUCACUCCACCACCCGUGUAUAG